AUGUUUGUAGAAAUCGUUUUAAUAUCAAUAGUUCCAACAAUAUUAGCAACGAUAGGCAUCGAUGUAUCGCAAAGUGUUUCAAAAGAUCAAUUUAGAUGUCUAAACGAUAAUGGAUACAAAUUUGCUGUGGUCCGUGCUUAUCGAAGUGUGGGAAUUGUUGAUUCGAAUAGUGCACAAACAAUAAAAAAUGCACGAGCUGCCGGAUUCACUCACGUUGACGCAUAUCUAUUUCCAUGUUUUCCAUGUGGUGAUGCUCCUCAACAGGUUAUUGAAGUUAUUGAUUAUUUAAGAGAAGAAAGAGCUGAAAUCGAUAGACUUUGGCUCAAUAUUGAAGGAAGAUGGAAUAAUAAUACGGAAAUAAAUAUUAAAUUUCUGGAUGAAUUAAUCAAACAAGUAACUGAUUUAGGUAUUAAAUUUGGAAUUUAUACAUCAAGAUAUCAAUGGUUUUCAAUUAUGAAUAAUGUGACAAAAUUUCCCCCUCAGUCACCUCUAUGGUAUGCUCAUUAUGAUGACAAUCAGUCCUUUCGUGAUUUUCAAGUAUUUGGUGGAUGGAUGCAACCAUCGAUAAAACAAUUUAUUGGUGAUGUAAAAGAGUGUGGUGUGGUGCUGGAUAAAAAUUUCUCUUAA